UUCCCAUGGUGCUGAUUAGUCAGGUCUCAGCAGAAUCCCAAACAUACCUCACCUACCUGGGGAGCUCAGAAGUGAUAGAGGCAGGUGAACGAGUGAAUUCACACUUUAAAGAGCAGCAAAGACCAUCUUGCCAUGAAACCAUUCACAGAUGAAGAUGUAGAAAUCUACAUCCAGAGCAAGGUGGAACGGCGGCAUUACCUAGUUUCCAAAGCAGUGGAAGAGGUGCAGAAAAUUAUCCAGCAGCUGACUGCAGAAAUCAGCUACAAGGCUGUGCGAUUCCAGGCUAUCUCCAACUCUGGCAUUCACAAUGAGAACAUUAAGGUCUUAGCACCCAGCCAUUUCCUCAUCACAGUUCCUCUGCGUGGCCUGACCGGUUACAGGGAAGCCCAGGUGCGGCACUGGCGCUAUUACACCGUGAAUGGAGCCAAGCUCCUUUCCUCCGUGCGGGACCCUGAGGAAUUGCAUCAGUGGCUGGAGGUGGAGCAGUUUUCAAAAAGCCUUCAGCAGUGGCAUGAAGAGGAUGUGAACAUCGAAGGUGAUCUGGUUCCAGCCAAAGUCCUUGUUGUCUUCCGGGAGCUGGUGGAGAAGUCAAUUGUCUCCUGUAACCUUUCCAGUAAAGUGGCAGUGCUGGAGAGCUUCAGCUCAGUGGUCCGUGUGGCUGUGGAGACAUCAGAAUCCCAGGUAGAGGUGGAGCUGGUCCCUGCUGUGGAGAUUCCAACUUGCUGGCCCGAGAAAGCCCGGUGGCCUCGUUGCCUUAAGCGUUGGCCUUCUCAGGAAAAAGUGCAAUGCAUCAAGUCGCUGGGUUUUGACCUCCUGGCCCGCUCUAAUUAUCACUGGCAGCUGUGCUUCUCCCGUGCUGAGCACAUCCUCAUGGAGGGACUUGAUGAAGAUGGUGGUUGUCGCAUGAAGUGCUUCAGGGUCAUGAGGCAGAUGAAGGAAGAUGUCUGGUGUGCUGGAAAUAAGCCUGUCAUCACAGCUUAUCACCUUCAGACAGUGCUAUUCUGGACGUGUGAAAAAUACCCACGCACCAAAGAUUGGCGCUGCUUCCCUGAAGCCUUUCUGAGGCUGGUACAGAAGCUGCACAAGUGUGUAAGCCAGCACUUCCUCAAGCAUUACUUUCUCAAGAACACCAAUCUGCUCAAAUAUGCCAACACCAGUGACCUGGACAUGGUGGCCAGCAAGCUCGCAGUCUUCUUGGAGAAACCUGUUUUCUGCCUGGACUAAGGCAGGCAAAGGUCUUGCCCCAACCCCGUAUUGAUCCCCCAGCUUCUCUCCCCACCUGUGGUUGCUGUCCGUGUCCUUCCAGUAGAUGUUGCAGCUGGCUCUGCGAGACAGUUGGCACAUGUAGUGCGAAGGAUAAGUGUCGAGCUGGCAGCAGUGGGCGGUGAAAACUGAUAGGAGGCAUCACUGGAUACCCGGCUGAUCUAAUUUGCUUUCAACGGUGACAGGCUGCCUGGAAGCUACAGCUAGUGAAACGCAACUUUCUGUGUCAGUCAGAGCAGGCAACUGCCUUGUUCUGUGUCCCCGGUCUUGUGGCACCUAAGCUGAAAGACAGCGCAAAGGAGUUUUUGCUGCCUCUGUAACCUAGUACAUGUAUUGCUGCUGCAGUCGCCUUUCUCACAAGGAUGUUAUCCCUGCAAUAUCCUCAAAAGUAUCUUCAGACCUCUCCCUGGCCUGAGCAAAACAUGAAUCAAGCCCACAUCAGCCCAUCUCGAGAACCUGCAUGAACUGGGUAAAACUUCAUCUGGAUUUAGCAGGAUUUUUAAGGCCAUGGCUGCAGCAAAUGCUCUCCUCCUAGCUGCAGUGGCCAGAGAGAUCAUCCAGCCUGGCCAGAAGAAGCAUCACCACAUCAGCAGAGCCAUGGCCAAACAGAUGCUGGAGCGUGAGGUGUAUCUGCACCAGGAGUUGAUUAAUUUGCUGCAGGAGAUUGAGAGGAGCAAGAAUGCAGAGGAAACCUGGCUCUUUUCUGGAUGGCUGUUUUGGACCGCUGCAGUUGCCCUGGUCCUGCUUGCUGUCAUCUGCUGGCUGGCCAGGCGAAGAAGGAAGCGUCAGGCAUCUCCUCAAUCACUUAGAGUCUUCUGUCCUGAUCUCCCAGAAGACAUUGCUGAGAUUGAAAUUGGAUUAAGUGUUAAUGACCACAAUCGCACAAGGCGCAACAACUUGACCUUGGAUUUGCCCAAUUCUUAAGUUUGCCCAGGUUGUCUGGAUGGCAUCCCUUGCUUCCAUUGUGUCAAUUGCUUCAUUAGGGUUUCUUUGGUUCCAUAUAGGACUAAAAGAGUCAUAUUAAAAUUUGGAAAAGCAAGCACUGCUGUGUUUGUUUUGGCCCUGUAUUCAAAGCAGGACUUGCGUUGGUAACUUCUGCUGCAGUAGUUUUCCAUUGAGGCUGGGUAUUUUCCAGAAAGUGAGACAGAAAUGUUGACAGCUUCCAGGAGCCUCCGUAGUCAUCAGCUGGUACAGCUGACUCAUCCUGUGCCUGCCUCUGUGCUCUUCCUGUCUCCCUGCCCCUGCAUCUCCCUGCACACUGCCAGCACUGCUGGUGCUCCAGGGUGGCUCUGACCACUUGUGUGGCAUGUGACAUACAAGAAGCAAGAGCCAACCUGUUCCAUCCCUCCUCCCAGCUAUAUCUCCAGAAACCUUGCCAGUCCCUCCUCUUCUAGGUUUCUCACCUGACCUCUCUGCUUCUUGUAAUUUGGUCCAUCAGGGUCCUCUGCACUCUUCAAAGCCCACAGCCCACAGUUCCCCUGCCCUUUGCAAACUCUUUUGGAAAGUCUCAACAUGCCCUUGCUGCAGCAUCCUCCCCCCCUGCACUACUACACCUGUGGGCACAGCACAGAAGCUCCUCUUGCAGAUGGCAGUUCUUCUGGUGUGUGGUGGCCAAAAUGUAGGGGUCUAAUUUUUAAGCAAGGCUCUGAGCAGGUAUUUCCAAGCUAUGUCAUGCAGGGCCAGCUGCCCUUUCCCUGAGGGAGGGGUGUAAUGUUACUCCUAUUUUGAACAGCCUUAGUUGCAUAACCUGCAUUUUUCUGAAAUUGGAGGAUUUUUGCCUUGAGUCUGCCUUUUCCAACUGCCUUGCAGCCCUCCCCUUUUGCCUGAGCUCUGACGUGCAUCUGUGCCUCCUACCCUUUACCCCCAAUAGCCCAAGAGGCAGCUUCCUUGGUUCAUACUCGUCCUUUUUUGUCUUGGAGGAUGAAGGAGAGCUUCUCUUCCACCUUCAGCUUGGUGGCUUGCAGGCACUUGGUCAUUAUCAUAGUAAGCAGGCUUAUCUGAGGAUCUUUUCCAUGAGAGCAAUGCAAAGGCAACAAGAAGCUGGGUUGUCCCCCAGGCCUUUUCCAAUAGCCUUUUCACUCCCCCCACUUUCCCCGUUCCUCCUCCUCUUCCCUGUCCAUUGUCUUGGCUCUCAGCCAGUGUAAUUCCAGCCAACUUGGGUGCACGGGACUUGGAUGCACAUGCCUGUCCUGUUUACCAGGAUAAAAAGGGCCAGUGGAGGGAGAUGCAAGCUGAGACGCAGGCAGGUGCUGGAAGGCAGACACAGGGAGGGGCACACAAUCGUAACUGAGCAGAAAAACACAGAUGGAUGUGGAUGUGAAGGCAGCCCCAGGCAACCUGAGACUGCAAGAUACGCAGACAGAGCUGCAUGUGCACUGGCACAUGCCAAGGAGGAGACGGAUCAGCAGGCGAGCAGAGAAUUACAAGGCAAGUAAUGAAGGACCAGGACAGGAGGAGUUGCAGAGGCCUAUGGUGAGGGGAAACAGCAGGAGCUGCUGUGCAGGGCACGUGCCCUGGUGUGUGCCACAGCCCCUCUUCCCAGGAGAAGGGGUAAGCAGCUGGAUGAGUUUGGCCUUCUCUCUCCUCUCUGGCUGGAUCCAGACCAUAGACAGCAGUUGCUUUUAGUGCUGGGACCCCACCUGGAGCAGUUGCCCUCAUUUAUAGACAGUUUCCUGCCUCACAGACUUGUAGGGAAAAUUACAGUGAAGGAAGUUUCUUGAAUGUUGAAUGCUGACCUGCACAAGGCCAAACCAAACAGCCCAGAAAUGUGGGCUCAUUAAUACUACCGUGCAUAAUGAGCAGAGAAAGUAAAAUCCUUUCUUAGUCAGGAAAUUUUGAGACUAUUUCCUGAUUGGAAUACUUACUUGUCAGCUCCAGCCUCUUGCUAUGGACUUGACAUGAAUAAUCCUUUUCCUGUUGCCUCCUUGAUCUCCCUGACCUGUAUCCCCUCCCUCCACCAAGGAGAACAAUAAAGUCCCAGUCUCCAACAAGACUUGCAGUCUCCUUGCAGCAGGAGCUGCAGACCAUGUGAGAGGUGAAAGGGGGGCUGCCCAGAGGCGUCCUGCCCAGAGCCUGCCUCACCACCUCCUCCCUCCUCUUGCUGCUCACUCUUGCUGCUCCUCUUGCUUCCCACUGCAGAUGGGAAACCAAAUCCCUGUCACUCACUCUGAGCCACCAGAGUCUGCUGCAGGUCACUUCCUGAAGACAAUGGCUUUAUUCCUUGGACCACUGGAUGGCUUUUGGCAUGGGAGCCAAAUCAGUGAAUGGAAAUCUCCUCCCUGCAAGCUGCAGUGACAUCCUGCUAUUGUUGGCACCCCUUGGCAGGUUUGUUCAGCUGCUUUGUACCAGUUGACAUCUCCGGGCUUUCAUCAGUGCGUCAUCAUCACCCUAAGGCACAUGGGCUUCCUGACCUAGUGCCCAAGGAAAGCCCUCUUCUCCUGUUUAUAGUCAGGAUGCAAAAGUGAAGGAAGUUGAAAUGCUACUCAGGAAUCCACUCCAGGCUUUAAUCACCGCUGUCACUGCUAGAAGACGUGGGGAAUGUUGAAAAAUAAUAACCAUGCUGUGUAAUAGGAUGCAGAUGUUCAGGCUGUGAUCUGUGCAGACACUGUGACCUCCUGGCUACUGGAAGACAAGCCCUAAUCAAAACUCUGGAACUGGAAAAAAAAAAAAUUCCUACAGGCUUCCAAGAAAUCUGGAAGACCUUUGUGUGUGAUCAGUAGAUGAAUAAUAGCUCUGAACCCAACUUUGGUUAGGCUAGGUCAGAUCUUUCUGUUGACAGCACAAGAGAGCAGCAUAGGGCACACAGGGUUAUCUGUGUCUGGAGCUGGUUUGGAAAGGCCCUUGCCAGACAAGAAAAUUAAAAUGACGAGUGUCUUGUAAGCUGUAGGCUAUUAAGGUACAUAUACACAUGUAUGCAUACAAUAUGCAUGCAUUCAUACCUCCCUGGGGAGGACUGUGAGCUGAUGAAGUCCUUUCCUUUCUGUUCCUGGCUGGCCAUGUUUGGCCCAUGCUGCUCUUUCCCACACAGGAACUUGUGGACACCAUUGAAGCCUCAGGCUGAAAAUUGCAAGGCUCGGAACCUUUUUCUCUUUCUCAUGCUAGGGAAGCCUUUCCCAGGAUGCGACAGUUUUCUCAGUUCCAGCCUGAGCCUUUCCCAGGAUGAUAACAUUUGGGAAAAACAGAAAGAAAUUAAUAACAAGAUUAACACCUGGGCUUCACUGAAAAACAAUUCUUACCAUCUGUGAGAAAGUUUUGUUUUCUUCUAUUGUCGAAUGGACUGCUGUCCCGUUUGUAGUUUACAAACCACACUAUAAAAUGUGGUUUGGUCGUUUAAUAAAUCACU